AGUGCGAAAGUUCACAAUACAAAAAAUUAGAAAACUGCUAAUUUCGUGUUUAUUUCGCGUUUCUCUUUUAGUUUUGGCGUCUAAUUGUCGCGAAAAUCGUUCGUGAGAGACAUUUUUACAUUUGUGUGAAGGAAAAAAUGUCGGAAUCCUAUGACUUUUUGUUCAAAUUCUUGGUGAUCGGCAGUGCUGGCACGGGAAAAUCGUGCAUUUUGCAUCAAUUUAUCGAAAGUAAAUUCAAAGAGGGGUCAUCACACACAAUCGGUGUCGAAUUUGGCUCAAAAAUCAUCAAUGUGGGAGGUAAAAGUAUUAAAUUACAGAUUUGGGAUACUGCUGGUCAAGAACGAUUCCGUUCCGUAACCCGCAGUUAUUACCGAGGAGCAGCUGGUGCAUUGCUCGUUUAUGACAUAACGAACCGCGAUUCGUUCAAUGUGCUUGAAAAUUGGUUGUCUGACGCUCGUACUCUUGCAAGUCCAAAUAUCGUGAUCUUACUUGUAGGCAAUAAACGUGAUUUGGAAGACGAACGGGAAGUUACUUUUAUUGAAGCAAGUAAUUUUGCGCAGGCAAAUGAGAUGGUUUUCCUCGAAACAAGUGCAAAAUCCGGUGAAAAUGUCGAAGAAGCAUUCCUUAAGUGUUCAAAGACGAUCUUGGCGAAGAUACAAAAUGGUGAAUUGGAUCCCGUUUCAGUUGGUUCUGGCAUCCAAUACGGCGACACUUCACUCCGCAAUCUACAAAAUCCGCAACCAUCGAACAGGACAUUCAAAAAACCGGAUUGCAGCGGAAGAUGUUUUUAAUAGCGACACAGUCCGUAGUUGAUUCUUUGGCUGUUUCGUCAUUUUUGUCUUUUACUAUGCAAAUAACUACAAUUGAACAAGAUAAAAGUGAUAAAGAUAUAAUAUUAUUAUUAUUUUUAACGCACAAUUCACCCCCUUUUUAAUUUUAUUAGAGAUAAAAAAUAAUCACGUGAAUAAUUAAAAAAAAAAGAAAAAGUAGAUAUUAAGAGUCAAAAGUGUUGUUAUAGCAUUAAAAAGUGCACACUUUUUAUUUAGUAUUGACACUGCUUUGACACCCUAAUUUAUGGCUAAAACUGUAGAUCUGUUUAAAUUUCUAAUUUUACGUUUUAUAUUGACCCUUGAAUGAUUGAAUUGAGUUACCCGCCUUUAUUUUUUAUGUGUCUUUAUGGAAUUAUGGUUGCUUAAAAUGAAAUUUAAU